AUGUUCCCGAGAGAUCUGGUUCAUCAUGCGAGGCAUGCAUUCAACUACCACACCCGCCCGGGUUUGGCCAACACCGAGGCAACUACAGUCACCGAUGAUUCCAGUACGGCGAUGCACACUUCAACCGACUCGGAAAGGACGGCCUCCCCAACGAGCACCGUGACAGAUGCAGACAACCCUCGCGCCGUCGUUCUAUAUCCAACUGGACAGCCAACGAUAAACAAUAUAGACACUGUCGAGGUUACAUACGAUACAAUAUGGGGAAAUGCCAAGUUCACAUUGUUUUGUGCCAUCGAUGAAGGGGCAAAUGAAUGGGCGCUGGCCGAGAUCAAGUUGGCCCAGCCCAAUGGGACAUAUACUAUCUCACCGAUCCAAGCAGGGAUGAAGAUACCUCAGUUUCCAGUAUACUGCGGAAUGUUGUUGUACAAUGCGAUGAAUGUAUCAGACUCGACGACAGGAGGUGGCUUCACGAUGACCAGUACUAUGGGGGCGGUCUCCACCUACGGCAUGACAGUGACGACGGCAAUGAGUAGUUCCACGACCGGAUCGUCAAUCUCCACGACUACAGGAAGCUCGACUGGAAGCAUGACUGGAAGCAGGUCAGAGUCGGCGCCAACUUCACGCCUUACAGCAACGCCGUUGGUUUCUUCUUCUACAGCAUCCGAGACAGGUGUUUCAGCGGCAUCAUCUUCUACUGCGCUAAGUGCUGGUGCCAAAGCAGGUAUUGCUAUUGGUAUAAUUCUUGGAGCCAUAGCACUGCUCGCGGCGACAUUCUUCUUCUUCCGACUACGGAAGCGAAUCAACCGAGUGGAAGAUAUGGUGAAACUAGGAAGCACAGCAUCUCCCGAGAGAGAGCCGUCUUCCGAGAAGCCUGUAACGCCAAUGCCUGGUGGAACUACCAGUUUGACAUCUCCGGCUGUAUUCGCGAUGGGCGGAAAUCUCAAUCGAAAUUCAGAGGACUGGAGACGAUUCUUUGGCAGUGCAAGCAACCCACGGUCACAAACACCGACAUCCACCUAG